AUCAACAUCACAAAUUAGUUAAUCCUACCAUUGUUUAGUGUUUUUGUAUAAGUGUUAGUAACAUACAUGCAGAUAGGCCCUCCGUUAGGAGUUUGGACCGUUUAUAUCUCAGUGUAGUGCUAUUAAACAUUUUUCACUAUGCCCCGGAACGUUUGCUGUGUUCCUGGAUGCCCGAAUAAAUCAGAAGACGGUGUUCCUCUUCAUUACUUCCCAAACCCUGACAAAGAUGCUGAAAGGUUUCAAAAAUGGGUCAGUACAAUUGAAAGCGAUAUUGUUCAUCUGGAUAGCACCACUGUCUACAAAACUUACAGAGUCUGUAGACAGCACUUUAAGGAAGCAUUUCUGUAUCCUAAAAACAGACUUUGUAAAUUAGCUGUUCCAUCCUUGCUUUUACCUAUUGAAGGAAUAUCAGCAUCAAGUGCAGAUCAGUUCCUCCCAGACCAACCAUCUACAUCUCACAAUGUCACAUUGUGUCUUUCUUAUGUAGAAAGACAGAAACCUAUCCGAAAAACUGUAAUAAACAGGCCACUUACUUCAGAAGAGCUGGACUACGAAAUACCCGCAAACGCCGCCGAAGUCCCUGCAAUCACGAACGAGGAAUUCGUAGGCGCAUACAACGCAAUAAAGAAUAAGAAGGCGCCGGGUAUGGAUUCCAUCCCUAACGUAGCUCUGAAGGCGGCAAUGAAGGGAGAGCAAAAUGGGUUUCAGGAGGUAUUUAACAGUGGUCAGCAGUGA